ACCACGACUUAAUUAGCCUCUCCGCUCUACACUCUCUUCUGAGCUGAACAUUGAAGCAUAGUGCAGUGCAAUACUCUCUUACUGGCAUCGAUCUCUGACAGUAACAGAUGAGACGUUGCAGUUCCACCUACUUGUCACUGGCUGCAGCCGCGGUCUUGCUUCUCCUACUGACGGCGGCCAUGGAGGCUGAAGGCAUCCGGCUAGACGCCGAGACCCGGGCUUCAGUCGGCAGUAGCAGCAGCAACCCAGUGCACAAUAAACCAAGCGAUGAUUUGGUCAAGGGUUCUGCCACUGGCUCGGUUAGCGAGAGCGAGGCGACGAGAAGCGCCGGUGCGGCGAAAGAAGUUAGGGCAGGGGCGCAUGGGUUGCCUGAGUUCCAUGAAGACUACUACGUUCGAACUGUUCAUGGUUCUAGGCACCACUGAGCAAAGAGUCAAAAACUAAACAGCCAGCUAGUUAGUUAGUCAGUCGCAGCGCCUGCAGACUGCCAUUCAUUCAUAGUUGCUGAAGUUUUCAUGUAAGCUUAGAUAGUGAGCACAUGCAUGGUGGUGUGGUAGGACAUCAACUGCGAAGCUAGCUUGUUAGCUCCACUUCUGCAUCUCUACAGACAGCAACGAUUAGCAGGAGAAGGAACAAUUUUGAUGUACUGACCUCUUGUCAAAGGAAACAACUGAAGUUCAGAGUUCAGUAAUCUGGCAAGAACGACCAUGCACCUACACAGACGACAGAGCAGCUAGUACUUGUCAGUUUACUACUGGUAAUCGUGUAGUGUGUUACGUAGGAGAGUACCACUGUACCACUAGACGCAGCCGGCGAUUAGUUUGUGGACAUUAUUCUGAGUUACUAGCCAGUACCAACUCCAACAUUGCCGGAUAUGCUGCAGUGUUGUUUGCUGAGUGCAGUACUACUAGUCUACUGCUACCAUAUAUCCCGGCCGGACGGCGCACUGAAGUAUUCUAU